AUGGUGCAUAAUCAAAAGACUCCACAACAACACAAUUCUACUCUUUUCAUAUCUCCCAUGCUCAGUCGACGGAAAGAGAUAUUUCGAACCCCGCCAAACCAAACAUUAACAACGAAGCAAAAUAGUAAACUAUUUGAGACACCAGGCUCCUCUUCCAAGUCGCUGUUUUUCAAUCUUGACCGUACAUCCAACAAUAACCUUUCUCAUAAUAGAAGCGACGAAUCCUUACUGCAAGAUCUGCUCACACCGAUAGACAAGCUCCGGUUAUGGCGUCAUGAUGUUAUCGGACAACACCAGUACAAAACUGCCGAGUUUUUGGGGGACAAAAUAUUGGACAUCACCAACGAUGCCAACGAUGCCUUUUGGCUAGCCCAGGUAUAUUUCAACAGGGGUAAUUAUCUUCGUUGCAAGGAAUUGAUACUUUCGAACGAGGAAUUCUCUCAAAGUAUACUCUGUCGAUACUUGGCUGGCUAUAGUUUGAUCAAGUUGGAGCAAUGGGAAGAUGCUCUAGAUGUUAUUGGAGAAGAGAACCCAUACGAGAAAGAUGAUCGAUUGAAAAACGAGGAUGGUGGGGUUAAACUUGAGGCAUCCAUGUGCUACUUACGCGGGUUGGUAUAUGCUGCCCAAAAUAACUUUGCCAGAGCAACAGAAUGCUAUAAAGAGGCUCUACUAGUGGAUGUAAAGUGUUAUGAAGCAUUUGAUGAGUUGAUCAGCAACAAUCUUUUGACUCCCAGCGAAGAAUGGGAGUUUGUCACCACAAGACUAAACUACAACGAAGUUGAUAGCAAUGACGAUUUGAUCAAGCUCUUGUAUGCCACCAAGUUGAGCAAGUACCUCAAUGCUGACAAGAUCAAAGAAGCAGAACAAGUGUUGCGUGAGGAAUAUGGGCUCAAUGACAAUGGCGACUUGUUGUUGAGCCAGGCGGACUACUUGUACACUCAGUGUAAUUUUGAUGCUUGUUUAAAUGUUUGCGAGAAAAUCUUAUUCAAAGAUCAAUACAAUUUUGACGUGCUUCCCAACUAUUUGAGCUGCUUAUAUGAGCUUGGUGGGAGAAACAAGUUGUUUUACAAGAGUCACCAGAUGGCCGAGUUUCACCCGACAAACCCCAUGACGUGGUUGGCUAUUGGAACGUAUUAUCUUUCGAUCAAUAAAGUUGUUGAGGCAAGGAAGAGUUUUAGUAAGGCCACUACUAUUAAUCCUAAUUUUGGCCAAGCAUGGAUUGGGUUUGCCCACACAUUUGCCAUUGAAGGUGAACACGAGCAAGCUAUAAGUGCAUAUGCUUAUGCAGCGCGAUUGUUUCCCGGUACUCACCUUCCAAACUUGUUCUUGGGUAUGCAGCAUAUGGCCAUGUCGAAUCUACAGAUGGCGCAAGAGUACCUUCUCGCGUCUCACUACAUUUGCAAUGCGGAUCCGUUAUUGUUGAAUGAGUUGGGUGUGUUAUAUUUCCACAAAGCUCAGUUUGACAAGGCACAUUCUUAUCUCUGUACGGCAUUGGAGAGGGCCAAAAACCAUUUAAAUCUCAAUUCGAAAACUUAUGUAUCGAUAAGAAGCAAUCUUGGACACACAUUCCGCAGGAUGAACAUGCCAGAGGAGGCGUUGGAGUGUUUUGGUGAAGUGUUGCAGUGCCGACAAGAUGCCAAUAUCAUGACAGCUGUUGCUUUGAUUUAUAUGAAAGUAGGCGACUUUGUCAAAGCAGCCGAUUACUUGCACAAUGCAUUGGCUAUACUGCCGUUAGACCCAAUUGCCAACGAUUUGUUGCAAAGAGCAUUGGAAAGCUGUAGCCUAGGUGCAUUUGAAGCUGAGUUGGGCGACUUGUAG